GGGGGGGAAAGCAGCGCUCCUGAUUCAUAAAUAUAAAAAGAUCCUCUGAGGAGGGCAGUGUUUUUGUGUGAUGGCAACUUCACUUCUAGGGGUGAGUCGAAAAAAGGGACUUUCUUUCUGCUUUUAAUUAGUUCUUGUCAUUGUCCUGCCGUUUGGAGGGGGAUUAAACUUACUGCAGCAGAGCCAGUGCGGUGGUUAUACUUUCAGCAGCAAGUUCGUGGAAGUUCUGCUUUAUAGAGCUAAACAAAAAAAACACGCAUGGUUUCGCUCGUGUUCAGGUUGGAAUUUGUCUGCACUUUGACGUUGUUCUCGAUCAGGAGGAGCCGAGGUUAGGAUCGACUCCUUUAGCCAUGUUGGCUGCAACAUGCAACAAAAUAGGGAGUCCGAGCCCUUCACCGUCCGCUAUAUCGGAUAAUUCCUCGUCUUUUGGGAAGGGGUUCCACCCGUGGAAGAGAGCCGCCGCCAGCAGCUGCAGCCUCGGCUCCGGCCUGUCCAGCUUCGGGGUGUCCCGGAACGGAUCUGGCAUUGCCUCGGACUCUUUCGGCAACAACGGCUCCAGCGGAUCCAGUGCCUUCUCUCUCACGUCUGGCACGUCGUCCGGCUCCCAUUUCGGAAACGAUUACUCCGUUUUCCAAGCCUCGAGCAACUCUCAAGAGUCCAGCCAUCAGCCGGUCUUCAUCUCCAAGGUGCACACUUCGGUGGACAGCUUGCAAGGCAUUUAUCCGAGGAUGAGCGUUGCGCACCCGUACGAGUCCUGGUUCAAGUCAUCCCACCCCGGGAUCCCGGCGGGGGAGGUCGGCACCACCGGAGCUUCUGCCUGGUGGGACGUGGGAGCAGCGGGGUGGAUUGACGUUCAGAACCCGAAUGGAGCAGCACUACAAUCGUCCUUACACUCCGGUGGACUGCAGACCUCCUUACACUCUCCCCUCGGAGGAUAUAAUUCUGACUACUCCAGUUUAAGUCACUCUGCUUUCAGCACGAGCCCCUCUCCACACCUGUUGACAACCGGCCAACACCUGAUGGACGGUUUCAAGCCGGUGUUACCCUCUUAUCCGGACACGAGCCCCUCGCCGCUAACUGGAGCAGGUGGGACUAUGCUCUCGGGGGGUCCCCCUGCAGCAUUAGCGGGCUCCCCGAGGUCCUCCGCUCGACGGUACUCGGGCAGAGCCACCUGCGACUGCCCGAACUGCCAAGAGGCGGAGAGACUGGGACCGGCGGGCGCCAGCCUGCGGCGGAAAGGCCUACACAGCUGCCACAUCCCCGGCUGUGGGAAGGUGUACGGCAAAACGUCGCACCUGAAGGCACACCUGCGGUGGCACACCGGCGAGAGGCCGUUCGUGUGCAACUGGCUGUUCUGCGGGAAGAGGUUUACGCGCUCCGACGAGCUUCAGAGGCACUUGCGCACACACACCGGCGAGAAGCGCUUUGCGUGUCCGGUGUGCAACAAGAGGUUCAUGCGCAGCGACCACCUGAGCAAGCACGUAAAAACUCACAGCGCCGGGGGGUCCGCUGGCUCCGGCUCCGGGGGCAGCGGGGGGAAGAGGGGCAGCGACACCGAUAGCGAGCACAGCGCGCCGGGGAGCCCUCCGUGCCAUUCCCCCGACUUGUUGCACCCACCUGAAUCCACCCAGGGAGUGGGCAUGAAUGGCCUCUAAAACUACAUCAUGUUAAGUAAAAAUAAAAUUGAAGAAGAAGAAGAAGAAGAAAGAAAAAAAAAUGCAAACGAGUGGACAUACUUUAGUGUAUGCGAUCAGCUCUAUCCUGACUGUUGUCAAUUAAGUGUUUAAGUCUGCAAUCUGCGUCAUUUCAGCUGUGCCAUUAAAAGCGUCAAAAUUAGUGACUUCAGGCGUGAAAGUGAAAAUAAUCUCUUGAAUUUCUCAGUAUGACAUGAAAAAACAAACAAACAAACAACGCUUUGAAAUAUGGAGGCCUUGGAAAAGUUGCGCUCCUGCUGUCAAAACUGUCCUAAAAAAA